GGGCACCGGGUCAUCAGGCAUUGGAUCGUCUGGCUCGACAGUGGGCAUCGGGUCACCAGGCAUGAUCAGCGGGCAAUGGGUCAUCAGGCGUGAUAGGAUCAUCAGGCUGGAUCAGUUCAUCAGGCUGGGUAGAGACAUCAGGCUGGGUAGAGACAUCAGGCUGGGUAGAGACAUCAGGCUGAAGUGCGGGUGCCGAGGCACCAGGCUGAACCACGGAAGGCAGGUUCUCAGACGGCAGGCUCACCGGUUUGGAUACUGGCAGGAUGCACUGCAAGUAAGCACAGGUUUGUAAACGGAUGGAGCAGCUGAAGACAGAUAAGAGCUGGAGGAUGGAACAGAGGAUGGA